CGGGUUGCAGCAUCUGACCCCGCGACAAUCCGUAGGAAUACACGCGCUCGGAGACAGCCUGAUCUGUCAGUCGCUGUAGCUGUACUGUGCGAGUAGGAGGCCAUUUGUCAGCGCUGCACGUUGCAUGCCGGCAAGCAAAAACGUACGCAGUUAUGGUCUGAAAACUUAAGAAAUAUCAUAAAAGUUUAUGCCUUUAAAUUAAGAUCAGUGUAUUCAUGACAACAAUUUAGGAAUAACGCGAGGAUAUGGUUGUCUCCGUGUCUGAGGAUUCAGUUCCAACCUCCAAGAACACACUUCUUCCAUAUUCAGACGGAUAACCGGAUGACGUGUUGUUUAGGUAGUCACUGUGUGCCUUAGUAAUGCCAGCUGACUAUGAAAUGCUAGUGGCACGCAGUCCUCCGGUCUCUGCAGACUUCCUGUCAAACUAUUCGAGCUGCAGGCUGAAGUACGAAGCUCCAGCCUGUUCCUGUAUCCGUCCUCGACAGUUCAGCCCGCAGCUACCAGCACAGCGUACCUCCCCAGUCCAUCUGCCAAUUCAUUCUCAUACUGAUACCCAGCUUAAAUCCGUAAAAAUGCCAGUAGCAGUUCCGAGGCGACCGUGCCUCGUAGUGAGGCCCGAGGAUACCUCCGGUUCUUCAGAUGAGAAUGAUCUUCCAAGCCCAACUCGUCUGAAGAAGAAGGUCGUGUUUGCCGAUGACAAGGGCCUUUCACUAACACAGGUUCGCGUGAUGACUGAACCGUCGAAUGUUCCACCAAUGUUCAGCUUUCAGUUCCUUGCCCAAGUAACAAAAGGCAUCUCAGCUGAAGUAGUGCCCGAACCCUGGGAGGUGACAUUCCAGCAACCUGCAUCGGAUUACCUGGACUUCCGCAAGCGUCUGGACACAGGGAAUGUCUCACUGGAGAAUGUUAUCGUCCGCGAGUCAGAGGACAUUGUAGUGGGCACAGUGAAAGUGCGAAAUAUCGCUUACCACAAAGAAGUGUUUGUCCGCACAUCAUCAGAUGACUGGAUGACACAUGAAGAUGCCUACUGUACAUUUGUCAACAGUAACACAACUACCCCUGAAACUGCAGCCUUUGUUCUGUACGAUACCUUCUCAUUUCGGCUUACCCUCCCACCCCGUUCCCACCGUUUAGAGUUCUGUGUGUGUUUCCGGUGUCAAGGAGCUGAAUACUGGGACAGUAACUCUGGCAAGAACUAUGUCCUUCUAAAAAAGUCUUCAAGCAAAGAAGAAGAGUUUCUGUUGCACAAACUGCGGCGUAGUAACAGUGACAACUCGCCCAUCCAAAAUAAGAUAAGGUGUGCAGACGCCGUUCACGCCAAACUAGAUUCUUGGUCAGAAUUUGCGAGUUGGAACCAUCUGGACAAUAGCAGUCCAUACUGGUGACUUGCCUCAUUCAGUUCAUUCGUUUGGUGCGAAGUAACAGCGGAACUCUCUGUUCCCCUGGAUCUUGCCAGGGCUCUAUCACGUCCAGAGUGAGCCAUUCGAAAGAAUGCAGUUUGAAGAUUGUGGCAGCAGUCUCUUUUGCGCUCGUAGGUUCUGUACCUAAGACAUACUAAUCCCCAUGUCAAUGGAAUUGAUGCUCCAAAUAAAUAUGGAUCUAGUUCAGCAGCAGCAUAUCUGAUGGUACAGGAAGUUGGCUGCAGCUUCAGGACAACAGGAGGACUCAAGAAGUGUUUCAGAAAAUGAACUGAUUACAGGCAUGACAUAAGAGGCAGUCUGCAUUAACCACUUGAAACAACUGAAAUGUCUGAUGGCACUACCUCCCUGGCUUGAUUUAUUGUCGCAUGACUUCUUGUUCCUUAUAUUGUAAAUCUACUCUUAUUUCAGUCACUAGCCACUUUCUUUAUGAGACAUUCUGAAAGUCAUAUAUGGGAAAGAUUUGUAAAGUUUCAGAUUAUAAGUGAAUUGUCAAUUCAAAUAUUCCCCAGUCUUUUCAUCUUUUGCAAGAGAGUUUCAGGAAUAGAAUCUCGUUAAUUGACUUCGACCAAAAUCAUUUCCUUUCCCGCUUUUUUUUCUGUAAACUAAGUCAUAUAUGAUAUACAUUGUGAAUUUCAUGACUAAUUCAUAGUAAAAUUAUGUCAUCAUUAACUGGAAAUUUUAGUAUUUUGAAAUAUUGAUAAAAUAGUUCCUUUGCUCAAGAUUAUUACUGAUGUAGGGUGAUGUGUGAAAACUAGUCAAAUCAGGGUUAGUGCCAUGAAAAAAAAAUGUUCCUUUUAGAUAUUUCAUAGUUAGGUCUCAGAGGGCUAGAGUUGUAAAAAACAACUAAGAUAAAAGCGAACUGGUGUGCAGAGGACAUAUGAUUACUAGCAAGAAAAAUUAUAAAAUAUUUGGCUUCUAAGAGGAAGCAGCACUCUGCAUAAAUGGAGUAUAGAAAUGCAAGCGUAUGUUAACGUCAAUAUUGUAAUUGCAUUUUUUUUAGAUAUUUCGUGCAGUGAAGUGUUGAAGGAUGUAGAGAAAGUAUAAUGAAACUGUAAAAAAUGUGCAGCCUUGAAUGGAAAGGAUGUGGUAUGUUUAAUUUAUUUACCUGGAUGUUGAGUAAGUGAACUGUUUAAUUUAGGCCUGUGAUAAUAUGUGAUGAAUGUUUUGGGACAGGAUGGUGAGUACAAGUAUAUACAAUUCACAACGCCCACAGAAGACUCAACAUGAAAUGUGUGUCUGUGUAAAGAGUGACUUUAAAUGAAUGCUGUGUUUGAGAAAACAAAGACUGAAAGUAAUAAAUAGAAAGUGAAGGUAUCAAUCCCAUUUGCCACAAUCCUCAUUGUACAUAUUUUUUAUAUUAACCUUUUAUUAUGAUGUAAUUUUAUGAGCUGAGAAUUCUUUCUUUGAAAACCACAAUAAUCCUCUUUUUGUAAAAGUAAAAAACUAUUAAGAGGUUAUGAUUGGUAUAACACUCAAGCAGUCUUGACUGAUUGUUAUUUGUAAUGUGUAGGUUUUUUUUAUUGAAGAAUGUGUACCUUCCAGUGUGUCAUGUAGCAUAAUAUGAUUGAGCAGUAAUUCCAGUACAUACUUAUUUGGGAAGCUAAUAAAAUAUUAUUGCUUAUGACACCAUGGGUACUUAACAUAAAGCAGAAUUGGCAGGAUCUUUACUUCAGAAAUUUGCGUGAAUUAUGGUAUGGUUAUAUACUUGUCUUUUUUGUGUGUGUUUUUACAAUAUUUAAGAAAUAUGUUAUGAAUGUAGUGUGGGUGCCAAUAUAUGCUACAUCACUGCAAUAUAUAUCUCUUUUACAUGCAUUUCUUUCAAUGAAAGAUGGCCACUUUAUAACAAUAGGCUUGUUUUUACUAGGGGAUAUAUUUUUCAUAUUGAAGUUGGCCCCAUGUUUAGCUAGCCUUGUAUCUGAAUUUUGAAGACUCUUUUAUUCAUUCUUAAUAAACUGAAGCUGUAUUGGAUGUGAGUAAUUACACUUACAUAAUAUUUGCUCAGUUUAAAGUAUGUUUGUAUACACAGCAGCUCAUAUAUAUAAUAUAUAAAUCUAAUUAUAGCAACAAAAUAUAUUAGUGAUGACCAGUUAUAGUGUGCUAUGUGUUGUAUUCUGGGAUGAAAAGAAAAAUAUCUGAUAAAUUUACAUUAUGACUUAUUAAUGAGGUCAUAUUAUUUUCUGUCAUUUUCUAGUCAAAGCUUAGCCACUCUUCUCCUUAAACUCUUAGCUCUGUAAGCAUUACUCAUUAAGCAUUCAAAACUAAAUGACCAACAAUCAUAAUGCGUGAAACCAAGAGACUGAUUAGUUGUUAUAUGGGAUGCUUAAGCAUCGUUCUGACUAAUUAGAAAUAUUGGUUCCUAUACACACAGACACACACACACACCAUCGUUUCAUAAGUUUAGUAUUUUGUACAAUUUGUGUAUGGAGUCAUGCCACUUAUUAAUAUUGAGAUGAAAUAUGUUAAUAAAAAUGCUUUGAAUUUGAAGUUAAAUAUCAAUUAUUGAGAGAAUAACUUUAAAGAACUUGUGGACCAUACUGAGAUAGUUCUAAAAAUUAUUUUUGGAGGUCUAAAUUAUAAUAGAAGAAGGUAGGUGGUGUAUAAAAAAGAUGAAGUUUGAAGCAGAAGCAAUUGAACCCUAGCAUUUUAAGCAAUGGUACUGAUGAAUGUACUCUUGGCAAUAAGCUGCGCGAACCAAGAUUUGUCAUGUCACAGGGAUAAUUAUGAAUAUGUGUAAGAAAAAGAAAAAUGUUGCUUCUGUAUGUCAUGCAAUCAAGCAAUGUCUGUAGGUGUAUCUGAUUUAUGAAACUGGAUAGAUGUGUUAUGUGUAUAAUCAGCAUUACUUCGUUUUCCUUAAAAACUUUUCCUAUUGUUUUUGUCUCAAGUGGGAACAUAGUUAUAUGGCAUGUAGAAAAACCCUCAAGCAUCACUUUUCCCUAUCAUUGCCAUGUACACAUAGAUACUGUAUGUCCUAACAUGCACAUAUCCUAUUUUGCAUGAUGAAGUUACGCUUCAUUCAUUAGUAACCUACAAGUGCCCUUGUAACAGGCUGGUGCUAAUGUUUAGAAUGUUUGGAAUGUGAAGUUAUUUGGAAGGAAAAUGUAAAUAAAGAUACUUUCUUUCAGAGGAGAAUGAGGACAUGUAAGAAUAACAAAUAGUGCCAGUUAAAAUUCAUUUAUAAGGGAAGGGGAAAUGUUAGUUUUGUUUACAUUGCUUGAACCAUCUUCUGGUCAUUGUUUUGUAAAUAUAGUGUCUCAUUUCACAUACUAGUUAUAAGAAAUGCAAGAGUUGUGGAUUACAAAAUCCAGAGCAGAGCACAUAUAUACAUAAGGUUGAAAUAAAUUAUUUAAAGUUACAGAUGAUAUUUUCGGUUGUUAAUUUUUGUCAGGAGCACACCGACAGAAAAAUGUAUGUAAAUAUUUUUGUUAGAUUUUUAAUAUCAGCUGAUGCUCAGUUUAGCUUGGUCUGCAGAAUGCUUAGAUACAAUAAAUAAAAAAUGAUGUUAUUAAGAAGCAAUAUUUCAAUUUAAUGAGUUAUGUUAUUGUAAAUAUAUUUUUAUAAAAUAUCCUAACAUGACAAAUACUUCAGUAAUAUAGAGAGCUAUUGAAAAUGGUUUGUGAAUUAUAUGAUUAGUUUAUAUAUACUUCUAAUGCUCACUUCAAGGUAAAUUGUAUGAAUUAAAGUAAAUGAAGGUGGAAUUUU